GGGAGGGGAAGGGGGUGCAAGCGCCAAUCAUUUUCAGAAAAGAUUAGUGAGAGGGGCUGAACUUUGAGGAGAGGGUAUAAAAAUACCUAGACUCUGAUUAAAACACAUUUCUUCUCCGGAUAUUCUCUUUUAAAUCCCUCGCACAGAAGAAAAGGUGAAGGCAAGCUUGUGUCAAAAUGAAGGUUUUUGCCCUGACUGCUCUGCUGAUCAGCAUCUGCUAUGUCGAAGGUGGUUUAGUGAAACGGCAAGCCGAGGAAGAACCUCAGGUAGAGGCCUCAACCACCCUUACCACUCAGUUAACUGAAUUUAUCCGGAAACUGCAACAGGAAACCGAAGGAUUUGCUACAUCCAUCAAGGAAAAAAUUGGGCAACCAACAGUAGAAGACUUCAGGAGGCAAUUUAAUACGGCGCUCCAGCAAUUUCAGGACAGCUUUGAUCCUAUCACCGAACACAUCAGGCAAAAUGUAGGCCGAUUGUUCACCCUCCCUGGUCAGGCCCAGCAACCCGUGGAAGAAGGUUCAUAAAGUCGACUUCUCUCCCAAAAUGGAGUUCUCCGUUUUCCUUUGGCCUCGGGGUGUGGGGUGUGGGGUGUGGGGUGUAUAUUGAGCCAAAGAUCCUGGCACGUUUUUCCUGAAUCGAAAGUGUUGAAAUCCUAAAAAGUGGUCACAAUAAAGAUAAAUCUUUCCCUA